AUUACACAUGCUUCUCCACAACACAACCCUUCUGCGCUUUCUUUUUUUCUUUCGCCACAUUUUCCGUCUAAGAAACUGACACAACUUCUCUUUCCUUUAAACAAUUUCUUUUAAUUUUUCUCUCAUAACUCUCCUUCUAAGCUUUGCACCAGAGGCUGAGAGAAAGCACACUUCUCACUCUAUCUAUGUGUAUGUAUGGAAUCUCGCACCUUUCUUUAUCACUCUCCAACCACCCCAAAUGCUCCUUUCUGCAAUUUUUUCAUUAAUGUAUGUGGCGUUUCUUUUCCUGCUUCUCAAAAGAUAAAAAGCCUUCAUUGUUUUUUAUCCUUUUAAAUAAUCAAAGUGGCACGCUUUCAUCUCCAAAACCCCUUCUUAGAUCUCCUUUCUCUUUUAAAGCUCCUUUCUUAAAGGUACUACUCAACACCAAUUUCUCAAACUCCUCCACUCUACACUUUUCUUAAUGUUUUAUCCACUCUAUUCUUCUUCCUCUUCCUUCCAUCCUCACCUUUCUUUCAUAAAUUGCUCAAGCUCCUGCAUGGUGUUCUCUCCUUUAAUUUAAAUUUGUCUUUUCAGGGAGAAUAGAAGAGGUAAUGUGAAGGUUGAGUUCACAUUAUUUCAUAUUUAAUACACUGAUCAUAUAGUUGGGUUGGAGCACAGUGACAGCAGAGACAUUAAUACACACACAUAGCGUAAAGCAAAAGAACUACUCUGCCAAGUGAAAAAUGAAGGAUCCAGAGGAGCACCAAGUGAAGUCUAGAAGGCCUCUUCCAAAACCCACAGAACGUAGAAGAAGAUGCAGGAGAAGGAGCCAGUGCAAGCCAGAGAAAUUACAAGAAACAGAACUUCAUCCACAGCUUCCUUCCUCUGCCACUCCCAAGAGUCUUAUGUUUCAUCAAAGGCCUGGCUAUGGCCAACUCGGGACUAAGUGUCUCGUCAAAGCUAACCACUUCCUUGCUGAUAUAUCUGUAUCUGACUUGAGCCAUUACAAUGUUAAAAUAACACCUGAAGUCACUUCUCGAAAAACAAGCAAGGCUAUCAUAGCAGAGUUGGUGAGGGUUCACAGGAACACUGACUUAGCCACGAGGCUCCCUGUGUAUGAUGGAGGAAGAAACCUUUACACUGCUGGUUUGCUUCCUUUUACAUACAAAGAAUUCAAUGUAACGUUGAGUGAGGAUGAUGAUGCCACCAGUGGUACCAGGGAAAGAAAGUUUAAGGUGGUAAUCAAGUUCGCAACUCAUGUUAGCAUGCAUCAAUUACGUGACCUUCUAAGUGGAAAGCAAGUGAACAAUCCACAGGAAGCUCUAACGGUCUUUGAUAUUGUGUUAAGGGAGCUUGCGGCUCAGAGUUACGUGUCAAUUGGGAGGUUUCUUUAUUCUCCGGAUGUAAGAAAACCACAGCAGCUGGGUGGUGGCCUUGAAUCGUGGAGGGGCUUCUACCAGAGUAUAAGGCCUACUCAGAUGGGAUUGUCACUUAACAUUGAUAUGUCAUCAAUGGCUUUUAUUGAACCACUACCUGUGAUUGAUUUUGUUGCUCAAAUUUUGGGAAAAGAUGUGCACUCAAAGCUUUUGUCGGAUGCUGAUCGUGUCAAGAUAAAAAAGGCCCUAAGAGGUGUAAAAGUUGAAGUUACACAUAGAGGAAAUUUUCGAAGGAAGUAUAGAAUAUCAGGACUGACUUCACAGCCUACAAGGGAGCUUAUUUUCCCUCUUGAUGAGCAAAUGAACAUGAAAUCAGUAGUAGAUUAUUUUCAAGAAAUGUAUGGAUUUACAAUCAAAUAUUCUCAUCUACCUUGCCUUCAAGUAGGAAGCCAAAGGAAGUUGAACUAUUUGCCCAUGGAGGCAUGCAAAAUAGUUGAGGGGCAGAGAUAUACAAAAGGGCUAAAUGAAAAGCAGAUAACUUCUCUGCUGAAGUUCUCAUGCCAGAGACCCCGUGAACAAGAGGCAGACAUUUUACAGACAAUGCAACAAAACAAUUACGACAAUAAUCCAUAUGCAAAAGAGUUUGGCAUUAGCAUAGAUAACAAGCUUGCAUCUGUUGAGGCUCGGGUUCUUCCACCUCCUUGGUUGAAAUAUCACGACACUGGAAGAGAAAAAGAAUACUUGCCACAAGUUGGUCAGUGGAACAUGAUGAACAAGAAAGUAAUAAAUGGAAGUACUGUAAGAUAUUGGGCAUGUAUCAAUUUCUCUCGAAGUGUACAGGAAAGUACAGCUCGUGGAUUUUGUCAACAGUUAGUUCAGAUGUGCCAAAUCUCAGGCAUGGAAUUCAGUCAGGACCCUGUGAUUCCUAUAUAUUCUGCAAGACCAGAUCAGGUAAAGAAGGCUUUGAAUUAUGUACACUCUGCUGCUAUGGAUAAGCUUUGUGGUAAAGAGCUAGAGUUACUGAUUGCCAUUCUUCCAGACAAUAAUGGCUCUCUGUACGGUGAUCUCAAAAGGAUUUGCGAAACAGAUCUGGGGUUGAUCUCUCAAUGCUGCCUUACAAAACAUGUAUUCAAGAUCAAUAGACAAUACCUUGCAAAUGUGGCACUUAAAAUCAAUGUCAAGAUGGGAGGAAGAAACACAGUGCUUUUGGAUGCUUUAAGUUGGAGGAUUCCACUGGUGAGUGAUAUUCCAACAAUAAUAUUUGGAGCUGAUGUAACGCAUCCAGAAUCAGGAGAGGAUUCUUGUCCAUCCAUUGCUGCUGUUGUAGCCUCCCAGGACUGGCCAGAAGUAACAAAGUAUGCAGGGUUGGUCUGUGCUCAGCCUCAUCGAGAAGAACUUAUUCAAGAUCUUUUCAGAUCUUGGAAAGAUCCACAGAGGGGUGUAACAUAUGGUGGUAUGAUCAGGGAGCUUUUACUAUCAUUCAAGAAGGCAACGGGACAAAAACCAUUGAGAAUAAUCUUUUACAGGGAUGGGGUAAGUGAAGGACAAUUCUACCAGGUUUUGCUAUAUGAGCUUGAUGCCAUCCGCAAGGCUUGUGCAUCUUUGGAACCUAGUUACCAGCCACCAGUAACAUUUGUAGUAGUUCAAAAGCGGCAUCACACUAGACUCUUUGCAAACAAUCACGAUGACAGGAAUAGUACUGAUAAGAGUGGAAAUAUCUUACCUGGAACUGUGGUAGAUUCUAAGAUCUGUCAUCCUUCUGAAUUCGACUUCUACUUAUGCAGUCAUGCAGGAAUUCAGGGUACAAGUAGACCAGCACACUAUCAUGUCCUCUGGGACGAGAACAAUUUCACUGCAGAUGAGAUUCAGUCUCUUACCAACAAUUUAUGCUACACUUAUGCAAGAUGUACACGGUCUGUUUCUGUAGUGCCUCCCGCAUACUAUGCUCAUCUAGCAGCCUACAGGGCUCGAUUCUACAUGGAACCUGAUGUUGUUGAGAUUAGCAAACUGCGAGGAACAAGGUCGAAAGAGGGGUCAGUUCGGGCACUGCCUGCUCUGAAAGAGAAGGUGAAAAAUGUUAUGUUUUACUGUUGAAUAGAGCAGUUGAGGAAUGUAAUCUUAUACUGUUGAAUGAGAUGCAAUAAGAGGCUUCAGAAUACAGAAACAGAAACUAAUUAGAGGUGACAAAUUUCUCAAUGUUGAUAUUAUAAGCAACUUCUGCAUGCAAAA